AUGCUUAAACUUCCUCUUAAUUCAAUUCCAAAUUACUCUAAUUCGCACACCACUUUGCGCUCCUUAUAUUUAUUAUUCUCAGCUCUUUCACACCCUUUCCAUUUCAAACAAGUAACUCCUAAAAUGCCAACGACAUUAUAAACUCUACACAGUGAAGAAGAAAACAUGAAUUUUUAUCAGUUUGUGGGGGUUUUUUUUGCCAGGGCUUUGACUUGAUCUAAGCUAUGGACUACAGCUGCGCUUUGGUUAUGGUUGUGGCUGCUUUUCUAUGUGGUUUUCCAGUCGGUUUAUGUGAGACUGAUGUUGUGUAUGGGAAGAAUUUUAUCGGUUGGGAUGACAUGAAAGUGGAUGAACAUAAAACAAGGUUGAGUACUUCAACAGUUGAUUAUAAUCAAAGCCGAGUUAUUAUAGUUGAUAAGAAUGGUGGAGGAGAUUCUGUCACAGUUCAAGGAGCAAUAGAUAUGGUUCCAGAAAACAAUAAACAAAGAGUGAAGAUUUAUAUUCUUCCAGGAAUUUACAGGGAGAAAGUAAUUAUCCCAAGUUUCAAGCCAUAUAUAUCAUUCAUUGGGAACGAAAGUCAAAUGUCCAACACCAUAAUAUCUUGGAAAAACAAAGCUUCUGAUAGAGAUAGCAAUGGAGGUAGCCUGGGAACUUACAAAUCAGCAUCUGUAACCAUAGAAUCUGAUUAUUUCUGUGCAACUGAGGUCACCUUUGAGAAUACAGUAAUUACAUCUUCUGGAGAAUCUGGAAGGCAAGCUGUGGCCCUUAGGAUUUCUGGUGACAAGGCAAUGUUCUACAAGGUCAAGGUUGUGGGGGCACAGGACACACUCUUGGAUGAAACUGGAUCACAUUACUUCUACCAGUGCCACAUUCAAGGUAGUGUGGACUUCAUCUUCGGUAAAUCAAGAUCACUGUAUCGGGAUUGUCUGAUUCAGUCCACUGCUAAAAAGUGUGGAGCAAUUGCAGCUCACCACAGGGAUUCACCAGAUGAUAAUACAGGGUUUUCAUUUGUGAACUGCACAAUCAAUGGAACUGGUAAAAUUUACUUGGGUAGAGCUUGGGGAAACUAUUCAAGAACCAUCUAUUCUAACUGUUACCUUGACAAUGUCGUAACUCCUGCUGGAUGGAGUGACUGGAACGACCCUUUCAGGCAAAAGACUGCAGUUUUUGGGGAAUUCCAGUGCUGGGGAGCAGGAGCAGAUACAAGCGGACGGGUGCCAUGGUCAAAGAAACUUAGCUACCAAGAAGCAAAACCUUUUCUGGACAUGAAAUUUAUUGACGGAGAACAAUGGCUGAGACUAUGAUUCUUCACUCAUCUUCA